GGGUUGAACCAAAUCUCGGAUAUAAAUAAUAAUACAAAAAUGAGUUUUUCGCGCAGUUCACUGCGUUAUGCACACACUAAUGGGUACACUGGACUAUUGUACACUCCUAAAGGUGAUUUUAUGAUCACGUGCGGCACUGAUGGCGAUAUACGCCACUGGACCUGCAUCAGCGACGAUGAUCCCCGUUCGACCUGUCUGGGCGAGUUUGUCAUGUGCAUUGCGCACACGGGAAGCCGACUGCUGGCCUCCACAGAUCGCAACACGGUACACGCAUACACAUUCCCCGACAUGGACAGCGAUGGCAUACUCAUGCGCUUCACAGCACCUGUUACGUGUCUGCGAGUCAGUGGAGCAUUUACAGCUGCUGGCAGCGAGGAUACACAUAUUAAAGUGCUGAAGGGUGACAAUGCGGGAGCCGAAACCAUACUGGAGGGGCACAAGGGACCUGUAUUAGCUCUCGAUCUGUAUGCUGAGCGACAUCUGUUGGCUUCGGUGGCCGGAGACGGUCUGCUUAAGGUCUGGCAGUUUGAGAAGGGUGAAGAGCUGAAGAGUAUAUCAGGAUUACCGCGCGUAAAUAGCUUUGAGAGCGCCAGCCUGUUCGGGACGCCCAGCUUUGAACCACUGCGCGGUGAACAGUUGGCCUAUGCGCUAGACAAGGAAAUAAUUGUUCUUAAUACUUCCAACUGGGAGGUGGCCUACAAGCUACAGGAUGAUCGUGUCUCUGGCAGCUACAGUUGCUGCCAAUUCUCGCCGAACGGACAGCGCUUGGCAGCGGGCACCACUAGUGGGGAACUCAGCAUAUUCGAUGUGGUGCAGCGGAAGGCAUUGUCGGUGGAGGCACCUCCCAGCGACUGCAAAUCCAUCACGUGCCUUGCCUGGAACCCAACUACAGCUGAUGAGUUGGCCUAUUGCGAUGCUACUGGACAAUUGGGCACCAUAUUUCUGGGUGAGGAAGAGACACGAAGCGGACUAGACGGUGAGCCAGAGGAGGAGCAGGAUGAGUUGCUUACAGGCACAGGAUUUGAAUUUGAGGGUGGAGACGAUGAGGAUAUGGCGGAGACUGAUGACGGCGAUGGCAUUAGCCUGGAGCAGCUAAAACGUAAAGUGAUGAGCAAAUCGGGCUAUGUGCCAGAUGAAAUAGACGAUGAGCAGUCGAAGCACUCCAUAGCCAGCAACUCCAGUGUGCCUCCCGCCCCCCAGUUAAAGCUCUUCAAGCAGCAGGCUCCCUUUCAGCCGGGCGCCACGCCAAUUGAUUUGGAACAUCACUAUUUGGCUUGGAACGAUGUGGGUAUUGUGACAGCGCAUACCGAGCCAAGCGGUGAUGGAGCUAUCGAUGUGGAAUUCCACGAUGCGAGCGUGCAUCAUGCGCUGCACUUGAGCAACAACUACAAUCAACAUAAUCUGGCGAGUCUCAGUCGUAGCGCCUUGGCUUUGGCUUCCACGGAAAGUAGCAAGCUGGUAGUCAUUGCAUUGGCUGCAGCUGGAAACAAGGAGUGGUCGCUGAGUCUGCCGGACUGCGAGAGCGUGGAGGCUCUGGUAGCCACCAGUCAGCUGAUUGCCGUAGCGACCAGUCAUCGCUUUUUGCGCCUGUUUAGCGUAAUGGGCACGCAGCGCGAGGUGUUGAGCUUGCCUGGACAGGUGGUCGCAUUGGCCGGACAUGAGAAUAGCGUGCUAUGCGUUUAUCAUGCCGCCGGUUGCAGCCAGAGUCAACAACAUUUGGCUGCCAUGCUGGUUAAUGUGAGUGGCUUGAGCCUCCGCGUGGAGCAGCUUACAUUGCCUUUGACACCGGGACGACAACUGAACUGGCUUGGAUUUUCGGAUGUGGGCUCGCCCUGCUUUGCGGAUAACAUGGGUCUGGUACAGCUAUAUCGUCGGGCCAGCAAUGCCUGGUUCCCCAUUUGCGACACCCUAAAACAGAGCUCCAGUGUAUCUAAUAACUACUUCAUAGUUGCUCUUUCAGAGCGCAGACAGAUUAUUGAGGCUGUGCUCUGUCGCGGCAGCUCCUAUCCCAUGACUAAUCCACGUCCUAUGCUGCAGGAGCUGCGCAUGCAGCUGCCGCUCUGUGACAUUGAGCUGGAGAAAUCGGAGCUGGAGGACACGCUAUUGAGAGCCAGCUUGAUGCAGUGGGAAGGCGCUGAGAAGAUACAAAAGGAGACGGCCAUAAAGCUGUUUGCUUUGGCCUGCAGUAGCGAGUGUGAGACGCGAGCUCGUGAGCUUAUCGAGUCUAUCGCCUGCACUGAGCUGCUCCAGCUAGCUGUUAAAUAUGCUUCGAAACGGGGACGCAUUCACCUCUCAGAUAGGCUAUGCGAGCUGCUGCCACAACUGGAGGCAGUUCAAGAAGCGCGUAAGCAGCAGCAGCUACUUGGAGCCAACGGUAUUGCCGCCACCAUUGUUCUGCCCAUGGCUCCAGUGCAGACGACAACUCCGAAAUUAGCACCUAAAGCGAUGGAACUGAGUGCCUCGAAGCGGGGCGCCUUAAAGCGCUUCACUAAUUCUCCAAAUUUAUUUAGGGCUGCUGCCGCAGGAGCAUCUCGUCCGGCAACGCCAGAUGUAACCACAGCCCUGGAUACUCAGGAGAAUCUAUUUGGCGAAUCAGAGUCGCAGGCCAGCGACUCCAAGGAUGGAGAGCAACGUUCACCCCUAAAUUCCGUUAAUCCAUUUGCUAUGAAACGCAAGCUUGUUGAUACGGGCGUCAUUUUUGGUUCCGAGAAGCUGAAGCUGGCCAAAAAAUAAAUUAUUUUAUUCAUAAACUCUUUUACUAGUGAUGUAAG